AGAAAAAAAAUGGAAUAAUUUUCCGCAUCAAAAAAAAAAACAAAAAAUGGAAUGUUGUCCACACCGCUACGGCAUGAGUCACGACAGUUUACGGAAGUAAAAAGUAUUGCCGUAUUUCACUCGAACAAAAACUCGCGCAUAAUUUUGUUUCUUUGAUCAAUCAUACUCAAAACUCAAAGGUUGUUUGGGAAUCAGUAAUCUUCAACUUUUCAAUAAUUUCUGAAUUUCAUACGUUGACAGAGAAAAUGGAGAUGGUGAUUCAUCGAUUUUUCUCCUUUGCUGUUUCUCUCUUCCAUGCCGAUAUUUUUUUCGAUCUUCUCCCAGCUCGACCGUCUCCCAUAAAUUCCAUACCUACCAAUCCUCCAAGCUGUAAGUUUAGACGAUUUUAAGAUUGCUGUUUAAAUUUGGUUGAAUUUCUGUAAAUUAUCAUCAUUACUGUCUUGUAUUUUGAAUUUGGGAUUAUGUUCGCGAAAUUAGGUUUUACUUUGUUAUUGUAAAUUCUAAGGUUUUCAAUUUGUGGAUUUUCGAUUUUUGACUUGAAGUUCUAUUGAAGUAAUGUUGGAAAGGGAAUUAGGGUUUCUGAAACCUAGUGUGCCCAGUUUAAAAGAACAGCUGGCUAGAAAAACAUUAAGGAAUGUUAGAUCUCAAGGUCAUACAUAUGUCGAUUUGAGAGAAGAUGGCAAACGCUAUAUUUUCUUUUGUACCUUGUGUUUGGCUCCUUGCUAUAGUGAUGUUGUAUUGCUUGACCAUUUGAGAGGAAGCCUUCAUAAGGAGAGACUUUCUGCUGCUAAGGCUACAUUGAUAGGAGAUAAUCCAUGGCCUUUUAAUGAUGGUGUUCUUUUCUUUGAUAACACCUGUGACGAAGAGGAGAAAGUUGUGCAUUUUAAAGGCAAUGGGAAACUUAACUCAAUGGAUGAUCAUCAAUAUGCUGAUAAUCUCGCUAUGGUUGUUCAUAAUGGUUCGUCGAAAAAGGGUGUUAAUGGAUUUGUAAAUGGGAAUGAAGAGAGCAUAGACCAUUGUUUUGGAGAUGAUGAAGAUGAUGCUAAUGAUGAGGAGAGUAUUGAGUUAGUGAUUCCGGGAGUUAUUGGCAAAGAUGAUGUUUCUGACCUGCGUGUGAGACUUAUGGGAUAUGGGCAGGUUUCUGCAAGGUUAUUGGAAAGAGAUGGGGUUCAAACGGGUAUGCAGAGAAUUUGGUGUGAAUGGUUGGGGAAGAAUGGUAGUGCAAAAAAUGAGGUUGAUUUUAGUCUGCCCUCACAUGACUUUGCUAUUGUAACUUUUUCUUACUUUUAUGACCUGGGAAAGCAGGGGUUGUUUGAUGAGAUUAAGACGCUAUUGCUUACUGGAGAAGAUGCUACUAAUGGUGAUGGCUCUACUAAGAGGAGAAAGAAAUCAUUUUCUGAUUCAGAAGAUGCUAGUGGGAUGUCGAGUUAUCAGUGCGAUUCGUCUGGGGAUGAUUCUCGGGGUUCAACUUCAGCAAAUUCAGCUUUACUUUUGCAUCGCUAUGAUGAUCAUCUUCUACAUUCUAGAGUCAUCUCUAACAAGACUUUAAGACGAGAAUGGAGGAGGCAGCAACGUGUAGCAUCUGAAAAAAUGUGUGACAUCUGUCAACACAAGAUGCUGCCAGGAAAAGAUGUUGCUACUUUGCUGAAUCUUAAAACUGGAAAGCUGGCUUGUUCAAGCAGAAAUGUCCACGGGGCAUUCCAUGUGUUCCAUACUUCUUGCCUCAUGCAUUGGGUAUUACUAUGUGAGUUUGAGAUGUUUAUGAAGCCGCCAUUGCAAACGAAAGUGAGACGGAGAUCCAGAAGGAGGACAAAGUCUAAGGUCAAUCAACUGGGGAAGGACUGCAAAUCAGAUAUGAAUGUCAUUAAGCGCAAACAAAGAUGGAAGGAAAAUGAGGAAUUAACCUUACGUGACCAAAUAUGCUCGGUGUUCUGCCCAGACUGUCAGGGUACUGGUUUGCAUCUUGAAGGAGAUGAAUUGGAAAAACCAACUGUUUCUCUUUCAGAGAUGUUCAAAUACAAGAUUAAAGCAAUUAGUGCCCAUAGAGCAUGGAUGAAAUGUCCAGAAGAACUGGAGAAUUGCUCAACUGGAUUUGCGUUUCCUGUCAUGGCUGAUGAUGCUGAGGGAAAGGUGAUGAAAAUGAAGUUCCUACAUUUCUACAGGGCAGAAGAUGAGAGCUUGUGUAAGCGUUCUUGAAAGUUGCAUGCUUUGGCAUUACUAGGAAUGAAUUCAAUUAGUGAUGGUACUAAACUGCUACUCACAAACUAAGAACACCAGUAAUAAAAUUGAUUUCCAGUGAACUUAGUUUCAUAUCAUGCUUUUGUAUAUUGAACAUUUAGUAGGAUUGUAAAGGGUUAGCGCUUUGAUAUCUUAGAUUGAUGUAAAAAAAUAUAGCUGUUGAUUUCUGUAAAUCAAACUUUGGAGUAACAGAUUAACUUGUGAAACAAACUGACCAUAAUAUCCACAAAAAUUGUUUUUAUAUAUAAAUGAAUUACUCUGCUAUAUUGAUGUACCUAAGUGGCAAUGACAAGCAUCUUCUCAAAUUAUGUUCAAGAAUUUUUUUCUCAAAGUUCGCGCAAAUAAACCCUAAUGCCUCUUAGACUAAAUAGUUCA